UCAGGGCACCACGGCUUACACAGCCUCGCUUUCUCUUCGUCAAAUUGUAUCGCAUAGACGUCAACGCGACACUCUUAAUAACAUUCCCCCUCCUCCUGGUCUCGAUCUCCGUCCCUCCGUCCGGUGCGCCAUUUUUUCAUAAAUUGACGCCCUCACCAUUCACACCUUCGCCUUUUGAGCUGCCGCAUAGGACUUCUCUGACGGUUCUUCCUCUCAAGGAGGAAGGGUCUAGGAGGCUUGGUCCAGUCAACCUCGGUUGCGAAACUUUUCGUCCUCCCUAACACGCAGUCGCGUUCAAAACUACUUUUUUUCAACUUCCUUUUUUAUCUUUAUCUCAAGACCUAUCCCGUGCUUCGUCGCAGCGCGCAUGGUUAUGGCACCGACUGCUUGUUUGCCAGCUGAAAUAUGCACCACUAUCAAACAUAUCCCCGACAAAAACGACUAUAAUCUCAAUUGGGAUCAUGGUCAGUUCAGCUAUCAUGGAGAGGACGAUCAGCCGCAGUCUAGGUUGGCUGCCAAGGAGCUUAUCCUGGACGUCCUGAAGAAGCGUGCGUCUGAGGUGGACGUCGACGCGUGCGCCCCGGGCGCCGAAGAUGCCUUUUAUGUGGCAGAUAUGGGCGAGAUUUACCGCCAGCAUCUGCGUUGGAAACUGAACCUAAGCCGUGUCCGGCCCUUCUACGCCGUCAAGUGCAACCCGGACCCAGAAAUCCUUCGCCUCAUGGCCAAGCUCGGCAACGGUUUCGACUGUGCCUCUAAGGCGGAAAUUGACUUGGCUCUCGAGACUGGUAUCGAUCCGAGCCGCAUCAUAUACGCGCAGCCUUGCAAGACCAAGUCGUACCUGCGCUAUGCAGCCCAGAUGGGCGUGAAGCAAAUGACCUUCGACAAUGCCGAUGAACUGUACAAGAUCAAGUCAUGCUACCCUGACGCGGAGCUAUACUUGCGCAUCCUCACGGAUGAUUCUUCCAGCAUGUGCCAGUUCAGUAUGAAGUUCGGAGCAUCGAUGGAUGUCGCCCGUCACCUGCUGGAGGUUGCGUACCAGCUCGAGCUGAAGGUUGUCGGUGUGAGCUUCCACGUCGGCUCUGGUGCUGAAGACCCUAAGGCCUUCCUGAAGGCCGUGCAGGACGCGCGGCUGGUCUUCGAUCAAGCCGCUGAGGUGGGCCACGAGCUUCACACUCUGGAUGUUGGUGGAGGUUUCAGCCAGGAUACCUUCGAGAAGUUCGCUGGUGUUCUCAGUGACGCUCUGGAUGUCUACUUCCCGCCGAACAUCCGCGUCAUCGCCGAGCCCGGCCGCUACUACGUUGCCAGCGCCUUCACCCUGGCUGCCAAUGUGAUUGCUCGUCGUGAUGUGCGGGACCCCGAGAACCCGACGCAGGAUGCGUACAUGUUGUAUCUCAAUGAUGGGGUGUAUGGAAACUUCUCCAACAUCAUCUUUGACCAUCAGCACCCUGUGGCUCAGGUCUUGACCUGCGACCCUAAUGUCAAUUCUCCGAAUGCUGCGACUUCGGAGGGCAUCGCCUACUCUAUCUGGGGGCCGACCUGCGAUGGCAUCGAUGUCAUCAGCAAGCGCAUCAACCUUCCGGCCCUCCUAAACGUAGGCGAUUGGCUGUACUUUGAGGAUAUGGGAGCCUACACCAAGUGUAGCGCGACCCGCUUCAAUGGUUUCUCGGACAACCACGAGGUGAUCUAUAUCUCCAGUGAGGCUGGAGCUUCCGCUCUUCUCGACUACUAGGUGUUCUUAUCUCUAUUUCUGUUCAUGCUUUUUUUUGGAUUUUAAUGCACAAUUGUCUUUGUCUUCUACCAAGCAACCGGUGCUGCUGUCACAGCGCGCUUGUCUUGACCCAUAAUUAUCCAUGUUUUCUUUUCAUAGAGUAGAUGCAAGGGGACCCCCGAGGGGAGCUUGAAUUCUAGCAGAAGUCUGUAUUUAGUGUUUUUUCCGGUGUGUGUUCAAACACAACCAUGUGAAAGUCCCGCACCUGUUCGUUCGAUUGAUUAU